AUGGAGAACCCAGCCAAGUAUCUCUCAUCGGUGCAGGGGAUUGACUCUGCGCCGGCACCCCUCGGGGAGAUUAUGUGGAACAGCACCGAAACAGAGGUAACAAGCGACGGGGGGAAGGAUAUGGUCGUGCGUACAUUGACGGGCUGUCUGCUGUCCCUGCUCAUCCUAUGGACCCUGCUCGGGAACAUCCUGGUCUGUUCCGCGGUGCUGCGCUUUCGGCACCUGCGGACCAAAGUCACCAACAUUUUCAUCGUCUCCCUGGCUUUGUCGGAUUUAUUCGUGGCCGUUCUGGUGAUGCCGUGGAAAGCUGUGGCAGAAGUGGCGGGAUAUUGGCCGUUUGGCACUUUCUGUAACGUCUGGGUCGCUUUUGACAUUAUGUGCUCCACCGCAUCCAUCCUCAAUCUCUGCAUUAUCAGCGUGGAUAGAUACUGGGCCAUCUCGAGCCCUUUCCGCUACGAGAGGAAAAUGACCCAGCGAGUUGCCUUUGUUAUGAUUAGCAUCACUUGGACGUUGUCUGUACUUAUUUCAUUCAUACCGGUCCAGCUAAACUGGCACAAAGCCGGCGGUGACGACAUGACUGGGACGCACAACUCUUCCACGAGUCGGCAGAUGGAGGAGAACUGCGACUCCAGCCUGAGCAGAGAAUACGCUAUAUCGUCAUCUUUGAUAAGUUUCUAUAUUCCCGUGGCAAUUAUGAUUGUGACUUACACCAGAAUUUAUCGGAUUGCACAAAUACAAAUUAGAAGAAUAGCCUCCUUGGAGAGAGCGGCAGAACACGCGCAAAGUUGCAGGACCAACAGAAUAGAGUGCCAACACCACAACACCUUGAAAACGUCGAUUAAACGGGAAACCAAAGUGUUCAAAACUCUUUCGGUGAUUAUGGGUGUUUUUGUGUGUUGCUGGUUACCUUUCUUCAUCCUAAACUGCAUGGUCCCGUUCUGCGACAGACCUGCUACAGACCGAGACGCGGGUCUGCCGUGCGUCAGCGAGACCACUUUCGAUGUAUUCGUGUGGUUCGGCUGGACCAACUCCUCCCUGAACCCCGUCAUUUACGCAUUCAACGCCGAGUUCAGGAAGGCCUUCGCGAGUUUAUUGGGCUGUCGCUAUUUCUGCUCCAACACACCAGUGGAAACUGUUAACAUCAGCAACGAGCUGGUCUCAUACAACCAAGACACCCUGAUCCACAAGGAAAUCGCAAACGCCUAUGUCAACAUGAUCCCCAACGUGGUUGAAUGUAUUGAACAUGAAGAGGCUUUUGACAGGAUUUCACAGUUUUCUCAUAACAAUGAAAACGCCACCGACUCGGUUUGUGACCUGGAGGACUGCGAGGCAGAUAUCAGUCUUGACAGGAUGUCACCAUUCACACCCAAUGGAUUACAUUGACUCCAACUUGUG